AUGCGCUUCCACACCAAACUCCCUGCACCUCUCUUACUCCUUUAUCUUUCUUUAUUCUCUCCGGCAUCCGCUCAGCCUCCUCAGCCUCUAUCUCCACCACCGCCGCCGUUGCGAGAUCCAUUCUCGAGGAUGAGUUUGGAUAAGACUAUGGCGUCGAUUCUUAUCCUCCUCGUCGCGGUUUUCUUCACUCUCGGCUUCAUUUCCAUCUACACUCGUCAAUGCAGAGAGCAACGGAUCAGAGGGAGAAUCGAUCUCGCUGUUCCGAUCAACGGCGGCGACGGUGACAGACGACCGUACGGACUCGAUUCGAAGACCAUCGACAAUUUUCCCAACUUUGUUUAUUCUGAGGUUAAGGAUCUGAAAAUUGGAAGAGUUACGCUAGAAUGCGCCGUGUGCUUGAACGAGUUUGAAGAUCAUGAAACGCUGCGUUUGAUUCCGGUUUGUAGCCACGUGUUCCAUCGCGACUGUAUUGAUGCGUGGUUGUUGCAUCACUCCACGUGUCCGGUUUGUCGAGCCGAUCUUGUUCCCGAUCCGAAAGAGGAGUUGUCGCCUUCUUCAAUUCUGAUUCAGAUCUCGGAUAUUGAAAACAAUUUGAAUGAACCGGGUUUAAACCAUGAACCGGCUUUGAUUGAACCGGUUGAUGUGGGUGACAAUGACAAGACAAAGAUAGUAAAAGUGGCUCCAGGGGUGAAUUUAGAUGGAACCAUGAAUAAACCGGUUCGGUCGAAGUCAAUGGGUUUAAUGUUUGCGAGAUUGUUCUCCCGGUCUAACUCGAUGGGCCAGUUAACUGUUCGGUCGAGUGAAGAUUGCGAGCGGUUCACAUUGAGAUUGCCGGAUGAGGUUCAUGAUAGGCUUGUGAAUGACAGGAUAUUCAACCGGUCGAAAAGUUUGGGGGUGGAAAUGGCAUUACAGAGUGAGAGAAGGGGUUUUAGAACGAGUAGUGUGGGGAGGAGUUUUUUAAGAUACGAGCGGUUCAAUGUGGAGAGCCGGCUGGACCGGAGUGGGUUUAGUUGUGGUCCGUCUUUGUUGGGCCGGGUUGGUUCAAAAAGGUUAACUAAGGAUGGGAAUAAGGGGACAAUGGGUGUUGUAGAUGAAGGUGAUGUUGAUGUUGAAGAACGUUCUUCAAGUCGAUUAGUUUAUAAUGAUUGA